AUGGAAUAUUUGACGUUUUGCGAUGUAUGUAAAGUUACUCCCAUAGAUACAGAUAAACUAUCAUCAGAACCGAGAAGUAGAUUUUGUUCAGAAAAUUGUAGAAAAGAAGCUUAUUUUCUUGGUUUAGUUGAUAGAGAAAGAUGUCGUCACUGUGGGAUUUCACCAAGGCUGAUCCUUUCAAAUGGUAGGAAAGUUGAUUACUGCGGAAUGGCUUGUAGAAAAGAGGCUGAAAAACAGAAAAGUAGUGGAAAUUCUAAAUCAUACAACAAUUCUGGUAGUAAUAAACGCUCUUCAGUAAAUCUAAUGUUGACGCCGGAUAAACCUGUUUAUCAACCUAAAUCCAAACCAACCACUUUAAUUCAGAAUAAUAGCCUUAACCCAAAACGUAGCUCCACAAUUUCAUCAGAUAGUUGGCUUUAUUCAAGGACUUCAACUACUAAUAAUAAUAAUCUUUCAUCAGGUCCACCAACCCCAACAAAAAAAAAUUCGUCAAAUAGCUCAUCUUCACUUUUGACUGCACCACCGCAUCAUAAUUUCCAACCACGUUCGUUUCAUAAUAGUCUUUCAUUACAUUCUCCAACGAAAAGACGUUCGAUUAAUGAUGUUGAUCCUUUGUUUUCAGUUAAACCACCAUCUCCAAAAUCCAAUAGUUCAUCCAAUAGUUCAAAUAGCAAUCUCUCUUCACGUUCACCAACUCCAAUAAAAAGACGUUCGAUCAAUGAUAUUGAUCCUUUAAUUUCUAUCACACCACCAUCCCAAAAUCCGAACACUAAUCUUUCCCCACAUUUACCAACUCUAACAAAAAGACGUUCAACAAAUGCAAUCGAACCUCUUAUUUCAAUUUCAUCACCAUCUCAAAAUUCAUAUAAUCAAUUAAAUAAUCCAUCGUCUUUUAUAAAUCCUCCACCACCUUCUCAUUCUCGUCGACCUAGGCCUACUUCUAACGUUCCUACAAUGAAUGGGCAUACAGUUCCAUUGAUCAGUUUGAUACCACCAUCUUUUAGUACAACGCAUACUAAUUAUAAUAAUUACAUUACAAAGAAAAUCUGA